AUUCUUUGUGAUAAGCCUGUUACUUACAAGAUUGGUGGCUUUAGAUCACAUUCUCACACUACCCUAUGCACAGCUUGUUGGAUCACACAAGUGGACAAAGCAUGGCUGGCAGAUUUGUUAAUGAUGGUGAGUUUUGAGGUUUUCACUAGUAGUUCCUAUGCUUGUAUCAACUAA